AUGCCUAGUAGGCGCGUCGGCGAAAGAAAAUGUCGUACUUCAUCAUGGAGGAAGAAAGAACUUACACUUCUUUCGCUUCGCAUUACAUUACUUCAGAGUUUCACAUGUUUACAUUCGGAGCUAGAGAUCCUCACGGGCCGAAAAUUUUGGCCCGAUCCGAUUAUGAAAGUUUCAGGACCAAGCCUGGCUCGACCCGACCAAACGUGGAAUUUACCGCGCCCGAUGGCAGAAAAUGUGGAAAUCGAUUACUACUCGAAAGUGAGGCCUUAUUGGGACAAUGAUCGAGACAUCGGUACAUUCUCUGAUCAUUUAACCGUAUGGUUAGACCUGUUUAUCGGUCGACCAGAGGAAAGCAUUAGGCUAAAAGCAAUAUUUCAACGUUUCAUUCAACCAUUGAACACGUUGGACCAAGAAGAGGAGGCAUAUGACAAUCCGAUGACUUUACUUGAAGAUCCCAGAAUCCUCGAAGAAUUAAAAGAUCGUGUUUAUUGUUUAAAACCAUUUUUCGAAGUUGAUGCCUGUCUCGCAUUCAUUCGCGAAAAUGAUGGUAAGAAAAUUUUCUUCAUUGCAUCAGGCACUAUGGGAGAAAAGAUUGUGCCACAAAUUGCUGAUUUACCACAGAUUCAUGGCAUAUACAUAUUUUGCGGCAACAUCUCGUAUCACGCACAAGGCUGGGCAGGCAACUAUGUCGAACAUAUAUCGGCAAUGCUAGAUCAUCAAGACAAUUUGUUAAUACGAAUGACGAAAGACAUUAGCGCGUAUCUAGAGGACAAGGGCGAUCAUUAUAUGAAACUAUUGGAAACUUUUAAAGCGAAAACUUGUUAUGCAUGGGGAAUUAAACUAUCAAUGCGUCAAGAAAAAUGGGGUGGUAGGUGCUAUCAAGAACCGCGUGCUCGUUUGAUGAACAAGUUCAUUAUAGCAGAUACAAGUUAUGAAGAUGAUCACCCUUAA